GAAUGCGCCGGGAUUCCAGCCUACUAAAAGCGGAAGGAACUGCACAACCAGGAACAUUCGGCAUGGUUACCUCGCCUUCGCAUCGGGACUCUCCAAAUGGUGACACCGCAGGUGAUCCUUCCGCCUCAGCACAGGGACCAAGCAAUGCGACGAUGCUGCAGAGACAACCACAAGACAACACCAGCUUCUCAGAAGAUAUCUGUGUCAUUUGCAUGGAACCGCCCGAAAAAAAGGCACGCCCAGAUUGCUGCUUUCACCACUUCUGCUUCUCCUGCCUUUUGAAGUGGGCCGAGCAGAGACCCAUAUGUCCCCUCUGCAAUCAGCAAUUCAGUAGCCUCCUCCGCACCAUACCAUCAUCAGGCGACUACAAGCUGUACUUAGUCAGUGAUCUGCCAUACACCUCGGGUCUGUCACACGAUGUUCCUGAACAAAGGACCCCCAUGGUCGUCGAGGAGAUUAGUGAAGUGGAGCUUGCGGAAAGAGAAGAGCGCCGGAGACAGGCACGGCGUGCCUAUGUGACUCUCCGAAAUCCGAACCCUUACACUCCCAGGGAGGCCGCAACGAGUCUUCAAAGAUUUGAGCUGUACGAAAGGGACCUGUGGGCUGUACCCCGCCUCGCGGACUAUCGAGAGGCGUCUCCGGAGUUCUACAGUGCGCACCCGAACUGCAUUCGCCGUCUCAUACCCUGGCUCAACCGCGAGCUAAACGCAUUGAUGGCGCCCAACCGAGGGCGGGUGUUGGCUGCUGUUGAUCGCGUGCUGUCGCUAAUCUUGAAUUUUGACAUCAGACAUCCCAGCUUUUCCCAAAGCUUGGAACCUCUGCUCCACGAGUAUACGGAGCACUUCAUCCAUGAGUUCUAUCUAUUUGCAAGUUCCGCGUUUGAAACCAUGGAUGACUACGACCGUGGCAUAGAGUACGCUUCGCGGCUCACUGCCUUCUCUGGGGCGAACCCUGUCCGUUGGUUCAGGCGGACCUUGCGGGAAUCGGAACAAGCAUCUGCUCUGGUAGCCCGCGCUGCACCAGUUGCCGAUACGCACGACUCGCCUCAGGCGGGCGCCAAUGGCCUUGAGGUUCCGACGGUGAUGGAGAUCACAUCAAGCACGGAGAGCGACAGUGACUCUGACAGCUCUGACUUCGUCGUGGUGGAUGUGCAAGACCCGCUCCGGGAGAUAACUACCGACGUGAUCGAGCUGCUGUCGUCUGACGAGGAAGAUGACUCUGAACGUGAACAUCGUCAGGCACCUGCAUGCGGCCAGGAUGUGUGUCGGAGUGACUCAGGUUGCUCAUCGGGUGAUAGAAGUUCCCUCGAUAGCCCUGCCACAAGCGACCCGUUCUCGAGCGAUGAAAGUGCCGAGCAGCCUCAGAGGCGUUAGGCUUGGUGUUGUACCAAAAGCGAUUCAUAAAGCGGUGCAGGCGCCUACCCUCAGUGAUGGCACACCCAAGAACACGCACGAGAGCAUUCAAUGUAGGCUCGCGGCAAACUGCAAAUAGGCAUGGAACCUACCUACUGUUACGGCAAAGCCAGCAAAGUGCGUCGUGGUGCAGGUUGAGGCUAGAGCUUUGAUAGCUGGAGUACUAGGUCGUCGGACGACGAUUGCCAGUCAUAUGCUUGCCCGAAAAAGUUGGUCAACGUUGUCGGCGCUGGCAACAUUGUAAGUCGCGCAAGGCACUUUCAUACACCCUCCAUAAUCAGGCACUAUCAUACCCAGCAUAAUCGCUACGAACCCUGACAGGUUUAAGAAAGAAAUGGCAACCUAAGAACAGGAUGCACAUUUUCUCGUUUUUUAAAGUUUUUAGAUAUCUUUAGAUAUGUAAAUAAACUUAUCGUUUUUAAUACGACAGUA